AUGAUUCUUUUUCUCAGAAAUGCUCUCGGUUUUCUUCCCCAGUUGCUCACCUCUUUAUUUUUCAUGACCGAUCUUGAUGACAGUAUAUGCAAAAAAUACAUAAAGAUGAUAACUAAUAUAGUUAUCUUGAGUCUGAUCAUUUGCAUUUCUUUAGCUUUCUGGAUUUUGUCUAUGACUGCAAGCACCUAUUAUGGUAACUUACAGCCUAUUUCUCCUUGGCGUUGGCUGUUUUCUGUUGUUGUUCCUGUUUUGAUCGCAUCAAAUGGCUUUAAAAAGAAAAGUCUAGAUUACAGUGGGGCUUUAGGAGGGCUGAUAGUCGGAUUUAUCCUAACAAUUGCCAACUUCAGCUUUUUUACCUCUUUGCUGAUGUUUUUCCUUUCUUCUUCAAAACUCACUAAAUGGAAGGGAGAAAUAAAGAAGCGUCUAGAUUCAGAAUAUAAAGAAGGCGGGCAGAGGAAUUGGAUUCAGGUGUUCUGUAAUGGAGCUGUACCCACAGAGCUGGCCCUACUGUACAUGAUAGAAAAUGGCCCCGGGGAAAUCCCAAUAGACUUUUCCAAGCAGCACACUGCUUCCUGGAUGUGUUUGUCUCUCUUGGCCGCACUGGCCUGCUCAGCUGGUGACACGUGGGCUUCAGAAAUCGGCCCUGUUCUGAGUAAAAGCCCACCAAGGCUAAUAACAACGUGGGAGAAAGUUCCAGUUGGGACCAAUGGAGGGGUCACAAUAGUGGGCCUCGUUUCCAGUCUCCUCGGUGGUACCUUUGUGGGCAUUGCCUACUUCCUCACACAGUUGGUUUUUGUUAAUGAUUUGGACAUUUCUGCUCCCCAGUGGCCAAUUAUUGCAUUUGGGGGUCUGGCUGGAUUACUAGGAUCAGUUAUGGACUCAUACUUAGGAGCUACGAUGCAAUUUACAGGCUUGGAUGAAAACACUGGCAUGGUGGUCAACAGCCCAACGAAUGAGGCGAAGCACAUAGCAGGGAAACCAAUUCUUGAUAACAAUGCGGUGAAUCUGUUUUCUUCUGUCCUUAUUGCUCUCUUGCUCCCAACAGCUGCUUGGGGUUUCUGGCCCAGGUUGUGA